AUGUGGCAAUGGUGUUGGUGCCUUUUGAUAACGUCGCUCGAAAAUUCGCAAGCAGAGAUUUUCACCUUGGGAUACCUGACAGGGUCGCAGAGACGUCCAGGCGAUUACAGUUACCAAAGACCAGGUCGGGUCAUUUCAGGAGCCAUUUCUAUGGCGGUGGAUGAGGUCAAUGAAAAAUUACUUGGGCCUAUGGGACAUUCUUUAGACUUUGUCGUCGCUGAAACAUACGGGCAAGAAGAGGUUUCUAUAAAACAGGUAGCGGCUCUGUGGGCAGCCAAUGUGUCCGCAUUCAUCGGGCCGCAGGAGACUUGUGUACACGAGGGACGAAUGGCCGCCGCAUUCAACCUGCCCAUGGUCAGCUACUUCUGCCGCGACGUGGCGAACUCUAACAAGCGGGUGUACUCAACAUUCGCACGCACUCGCCCCUCCGACAUUGAUAUCUCCCGCUCCGUGGUCGCCGUGCUCACACACUUCAAAUUCAUGCAUAUCGGCGUAGUCUACUUAAAAGCACAAAAUCAUGAUUUCUCUCGAUUGGCAAUGGCAAUCAUAUCGGCGGCAAGGGAAAAGCAGAUAUCAAUUCGAACCAUCCAGGUAUAUCGGCAGCCGUACUACUACGAGAACAAGAGGGAGAAUAUAAGCCGCAAUCCCUUUUUGGAUGUCAUUAAAGAAACCUACAAAGACACGCGAAUUUAUGUAUCAGUGGGAUAUUAUCAUGAUCAUAUUGGACUUAUGCUGGCCCUGGACUCUUUAAAACUUCUAGAUUCAGGGGAAUACGCUGCGAUUGGUGUGGAUGUGGACAAGUAUGAAUCUGAGGAGGCAAUACGGUACCUGUCUGGGCCUCUACGUAAGGAACCGUCGCCAAGAACUCUCCACGCGUUCCGCUCUUAUCUCGCCGUCGCAGCGUCACCAUCGCCAUCGUAUCCAGCGUUCGCCCGGGAGGUCAACAAAAGGCUUCAGAUGCCCCCGUUCAACUUCACGAACCCUCUACUCACUUUAGGGGGAGGAAAAGUGAUCCCAGUGGAGGCGGCGUGUGCUUCACGACUCGGUGUGGGUGUAUGCAAGGGCACUCGCCGCUGCACU